UCUUUCCUCCCCAGACCGCCUACCAGACGGAGCUCGGGCAGGCCCUGGACCUCAUCACGGCUCCCGUCAACCAGGUGGAUCUGAGCCGCUUCAGCGAGCAGAGGUACAAGGCCAUCGUGAAGUACAAGACGGCCUUCUACUCCUUCUACCUGCCGGUGGCCGCUGCCAUGUACAUGGCUGGUAUUGACAGCGAGGAGGAACACGCCAACGCCAAAGCCAUCCUGCUGGAGAUGGGCGAGUUCUUCCAGGUGCAGGACGAUUACCUGGACUGCUUUGGGGACCCCGAGGUGACGGGGAAGGUCGGCACCGACAUCCAGGACAACAAGUGCAGCUGGCUGGUGGUGGAGUGUCUGCGGCGCGUGACGCCGGAGCAGAGGCGGAUCCUGGAGGAGAACUACGGGCGCAAGGAGCCGGAGAAGGUGGCCAAGGUGAAGGAGCUCUACGAGGCCGUGGGCAUGCGGGCCGCCUUCCAGGAGUACGAGGAGCGGAGCUACGCGCGGCUGCAGGCGCUGGUGGCGCAGCACGCGCGCCGGGGCCCUGUCUCGUCUCGCUGCGGGUGCCGAGCGCGGGGGCUCGGGGCGACCAUCACCAUGCUGGCCCCCACGAAGGGGCUGCUCUGCAACCUCAACCACAUCCACCUGCAGCACAUCUCGCUGGGGCUGCACCUCUCGCGGCACCCCGAGCUGCAGGAGAGACCGGGCAGCCCCGCGGGCUUGCUGGGAGCCUCCAGAGCCUCCUCCCGCUCCGUGGAGCCGCCGUGGCCGCUGGCCCGCGCGGCCCUGGGAGCUGCCCGCCCUCUCCCUCCCGUGUCCCAGACGCAGCUUGGGGACAGCUGGCUCAGCCCGGACGUGGGCUACCUGCUGCUGCACACGCUGUGCCCCGCGCUCUGCGCCUUGGUGGAGGACGGGCUCAAGCCCUUCCAGAAGGACGUCAUCACGGGCCAGCGCAGGACGUCGCCCUGGAGCGUGGUGGAGGCCUCGGUGGAGCCAGUGCGGGCGCUGUGCGACCACGCGGGCGCCGGCGCCGGCCAGCUGAGCUUCCGCAAGGGCGACGUCCUGCAGCUGCUCUGCACCGUGGACGAGGACUGGAUCCGCUGCGGCCGCGCGGGCGCCACGGGGCUGGUGCCCGUGGGCUACACGUCGCUGGUGCUGUGA